UGUUCCUCUAAGUCAUUCAAGCUGUACUCGCCAAAGGAGCCCCCGAACGGCAACGCCUUCCCCCCCUUCCACCCGGGCACCAUGCUGGAUCGAGAUGUGGGACCUACUCCCAUGUACCCACCGACAUACCUGGAGCCUGGAAUCGGGAGGCACACACCGUAUGGGAACCAGACCGACUACAGGAUAUUUGAGCUCAACAAGCGGCUGCAGAACUGGACAGAGGAAUGUGACAAUCUGUGGUGGGACGCCUUCACCACGGAGUUCUUUGAGGAUGACGCCAUGUUAACAAUCACUUUCUGCUUGGAGGAUGGACCAAAGAGAUACACGAUUGGCCGGACUCUGAUUCCCCGUUACUUCCGCAGCAUCUUUGAAGGGGGGGCCACAGAGCUCUACUAUGUGCUCAAGCACCCCAAGGAGUCCUUCCACAACAACUUCGUCUCACUGGAUUGUGACCAGUGCACCAUGGUCACCCAGCACGGCAAGCCCAUGUUCACCCAGGUGUGUGUGGAGGGGCGGCUCUACCUGGAGUUCAUGUUCGACGACAUGAUGAGGAUAAAGACGUGGCAUUUCAGCAUCCGCCAGCAUCGAGAGCUCAUCCCCCGCAGCAUCCUUGCCAUGCAUGCACAGGACCCCCAGAUGCUGGACCAGCUAUCCAAGAACAUCACCCGCUGUGGGCUCUCAAACUCCACACUCAACUACCUCCGACUCUGUGUAAUCCUAGAACCAAUGCAGGAGCUCAUGUCACGGCACAAGACCUACAGCCUCAGUCCCCGGGACUGCCUCAAGACUUGCCUCUUCCAGAAGUGGCAGCGGAUGGUCGCUCCGCCUGGUGAGCCUCUUGCUGCCUGCUCCGGCCCUGCCCUUGGCGCAGGCUUCUCCCAGCCCCAGAGCCUGUUCCCGGCCUUGUCUU